ACAAAGCAUGAGUCACCAAGCAAAUAACAAGAACUGAACUGUGAAAAAGAAAAUUCCGUUUCGAAAAUUUGAAACAAUGGAGACGACAAAUUUCAAGAGAAUCAAACAUGGUUUUUUCCCAGAAAUCGUCAACCGUGAAAUGAGAAUUUCUUCCCCACAAACUUUUUCUCGCCAUUUCUCUUCUUCACAGGUUAUAGUAGAAAAAAUCGAUCUUUAUGGGAAACUAAAUGGCCAUGAAGGAUGUGUAAACACUGUGGAAUUCAACUUUAAUGGUGAUAUCUUGGUUUCAGGUUCUGAUGAUAAGCAUGUUAUGUUAUGGAAUUGGGCAACUAAAACCAAAACACUUUGUUAUGCUUCUGGUCACUUAGACAAUAUAUUUCAAGCUAGAAUUAUGCCUUUAACUGAUGAUAAGAGGAUAAUCACUUCUUCUGCUGAUGGUCAGGUGAGGCUUGGAGAGAUUUUGGACAAUGGUCAAGUUAAGACAGGAAGGUUGGGAAAGCACCAAGGUCGUGUACACAGCCUUGCUGUCGAGCCAGGAAGUCCGCACAUAUUUUUUAGUUGUGGUGAAGACGGCUUAGUUCAACAUUAUGAUCUGCGAUGUGGUUCAGCUUUGAAGCUAUUCCAUUGCUUCUCAUUCAAAGAAACUAACAGUCCGCCUUUAAACAUAAGGUUAAACGCCAUUAUAAUUGAUCCAAGGAAUCCAAAUUACUUUGCUAUUGGAGGUUCCGAUGAAUAUGCACGCGUCUAUGAUAUCAGAAGAUAUCAGUCGGAUGGAUCUAAUGUUUCGGAUGAACAUGUGAACUUAUUUUGCCCUCGCCAUCUGUUUCACUCUAACCAUGUUCAUAUUACAGGAUUAGCUUAUUCUAAAGCAAGUGAACUACUUGUUUCUUAUAAUGAUGAGCUGAUUUAUUUAUUCCAAGAGAACAUGGGGCUCGGACCUUCUCCGUUAUCUCUUGAGUCUGAAACUCAGUUGAGAAAUGAGGAACCGCAAGUUUAUGCGGGUCAUAGAAACUCACGAACCGUCAAAGGAGUGAGUUUUUUUGGUCCCAAAGAUGAAUAUGUGAUGAGUGGUUCUGAUUGUGGGCAUAUAUUUAUUUGGAGGAAGAAGGGUGCUAAGCUUGUUCGAGUAAUGGUAGGUGAUCGGCGUAUAGUAAAUCAUCUUGAGCCUCAUCCGUGCAUGCCAUUUUUAGCUACAUGUGGAUUUGAUAAAGAUGUAAAGCUUUGGGCUCCUAUGGCUGGUGAUGCUCCUGCACUUCCUGAAAACUUGAAGAAGAUUACGGAAUCUAAUAGACAGAAUAGAGAGGACCAGUCCCCGGCAACACUUGCCCCUGAUGUUAUAAUGCAUGUUGUCCGCCUACAGAGGCGGCAGAUGUUUGAAUAUGUUGAAAGAAGGUAUAGUAGACCUGAUCUUGAAAGUGAUGAAGAAGAUGGGGAUGAAGAUUAUAUUUCAGGGCUCACAAAUGACAUCACAUUUUCGGAAGAGUAUCCUGGGGAGCUAACAGCGGUGAAUGAUUUUUCUCUCCCAGAACGGAGUCAGCUCGGGAAACUAGUGUUUGCAUACAGAAUGAAUGCUUACGGGUAUUCCAAAUAUUAUUUCUUCCAUCUUGAUAGUGCCACGAUCUACAAACAAUUCUCCAUUGUCAGAUGAGAAUUUUCAGUCAUACAAGGCUUCACAAAAGUUGAAACAGAGCGCAUUGAUUGGAUUCGCGACAUUGUCAUACAAGGAUCAUCUUUCUAUCAAGAUUUAUUCAUGAAGUCUUGGUGUGUGGCAGAUCAUCUCGGUUGUUGGUUGGCAUGGAGCACGAAGAAAAGCAAAAGUAAGUUCCCCAACGUUGAAACAAGCGAAUGUUUCAGUGUUUCUUAGAUAUACCAUGUUAAAAUAUCCCGUUACUUCGUUAGUUAUAUUAUAUAUCACUAUGUUAUUCAGACUCGGGUGAGUGUGUUGCACAUAUAUCUAAGGGUUUACAUUCAUUUUUUUUUCAGUCCGGUCCAUAUUCUCAGUUGUGCGGCAUUUGCCGUAGUUGUAGAGACAAUAAAUGUCAGUACGACACUCACAAUCAAGUUCGAGUAACUUUGUAAACAAUAUGCUUUCUGUAUAUUUGAAUAUGGCUAUCAUUACACCAUUUUCUAAUUGAAUUUUCUUCCACAAA